AUGGCUCCUAUUCGCAAACCAACUGUUAGAAAAGAGUGUCGCUGCUCUAUCUCCCAUGAAGACACAUGCGAUACAAUUAGUAGUGUUGUUUCUGAGCCUGUAAAUCAAGAGGAAGAUAGUUUUGAAUUUGAACAGGAAGAUGUUGAAAUGAAUUCUGAGCUUAGAAACCUAAAUGACACAAAUGACAUUUUGGAUAUACGGACAAGAAACCAACCUUUCUCUGAAACGGAUUGCGUGUUUGGCCCUGAAGAUAAUGUCCAGUAUACAAGUGACACUUACGAAGAAGAAUAUGAAGAUGAAUCUGAUGUUGAGAUGGACAAUGAUGAAGAUUCUUCAUUGGAAUCAAUCUCGGAAUUGAAUUUGAUUCACCAAUUCAUUGUUAUUUCAGUUGCUCUUUUUGUCUCGCUAUACGUCGUGGAUGAAGGAGCUGUAAGCCUGAUUGCCAUAAUCAACAAGAUACUGCAGUUUUUGUUUGACCCAUUCCGCCUUCCAGUGAGUGUUGCUGGCCUCAAACGUUUGGCCGGAUUUGAAGCGUUGACAAGUGGUGUCAAGAAGUAUGUUGCAUGUAGCGAAUGCCAUGCCAUAUAUGAUAAUGAAGCCGCCCCUUUGUGUUGUACAUCACCCAAUUUUGGCACUGCCAAAAGAAUGAUGGAGAGAUGGGUUGCAGAUGGGAUAAUUGACGAUAAAAAACUUGUUGCCAUGCAAAAGGCAGUUGAGAAGAUAGUGUUGCUGCCUGAUUACAUAUCACUUGGGACAAAGAUUGCAAAGGGGUUUCCCUAUAUGAAAGCUGAUGAGAAUUGGAUGCUUUUCAUCAAGGCAUGUCGAAUCCUGGUCAUGCCAAAUAUAUGUGAAAGUGACAUUGCAACAGCCCAUAAGUAUCUAGAGGAUUUCUGCAAAAACCAACUUUAUCAGCACCACACUGGACAUAUCAAUAUUGAUGAAAGACAACGAACCACUCUUACCAACUACAUUCCCAUUAACAAAGAAACCAAUGUCAUCAAUGUCAACAACAUACACUAUCAGGUUGCCUACAAUGAUAGAAGGAUCUCUAAUUGCAAGAAUGAUAUGACAAGUUCAGCAUUUGUAAACGACCAGAUUGAAGUCAUAAAGUCCAUUGAAAUUUUAGGGCAAGUCUACAAGGGAUGUAAUGGCAAUGGACGUGGUUCCUACAUCCAGGCUUUGUUUCAAGAAAAUCGCACAAAUGCUUGCUAUGAUUACAUUAGUGAGAUUCAGUACAUCUUUGUUCAUUCAUUCACACCCACAAAAUCUUCCACAACACUCUACAAUCACAAUCACCAGCAUAUAUUUGCUUUUGUCAAAUAG